GCGAUGCAGCGCCCGGGCCCCUCGGGCCUUCUGUUCCGCCGUCCGCGCGACCCGACCGGGCUCGCGCCCCUCUCGGCACCCAGCCCGGCAGUCUACGGGGCGGUAGGCGCGUCCCUCGGAGGCGGGAGUCUGGGGCCGUCGGCCGAGGGUCAGGCGCCCAAGUCGUGCUUCCCCCGCCCUCGAUGUUUUAAGGAGACACGCUCAGAGAUUUGAGAACCCGGGAGAGGCCGCUCCCCCGGGAGAGCACCCGGCGCGGGCGCGGCCCGCCCCACCGGCCGGGGCGUGUCUUCCUCGGGACCUGUCCACCGACCAGCAAGAACUCUUCACCCGCCGAUGGCAGCGCCGUCACCCGCCGUGACCUCGCCUCCCGCUUCGCCUACCGAGGGGACACGGCCAGGCUCUCCUUCUCCGGAGGCCGGGAUCCAGGGACACGACGGCGAGAACAGAGCUCAGAGUGAGGAGCAGAUUCCUGGGCCGGAGGCCCUGGAGGAGACGGAGCUGCAGGGUGUCUGGGGGCCAAAGCUCCCAAGGCAUGGGCCACCGGGCCAGGGACCUGCCAGGUCCUGCAGAAGCCAUUGGGGUUCACCGGGGCGGGCCGGGCUGCCACACAAGACCUGCGGGCACCAGGCAACUCUCGGGGAGGAGAGGAACCACCAACAGGAGCCCAGAAGCAAGGCCAGCCUCACCGCCAGUCUGGUGAUUCCCCGGGAAGACUGUGCCGGCGGGAGCCCCGGGAUCUGUGACCCCAGCUGGAGGGGCCACUCAGAAUCCAGCAGAUGUCCGGAGACCCAGCUGGGCGAGCAGUCGCCCCGCGGUGCCGUGUGCCCCGAGGUCUCCCAGCGCGGGGCCCACUCCCGGGAGCAGCGGAAGCGUCCCCGCGGGGAGAAGCCUCACGUGUGCGGCGAGUGCGGGAGGGCCUUUGGCCGGAGGUCAGACGUGGUGAAGCACCGGAGAAUCCACACGGGCGAGAAGCCGUACGCGUGCGGCGAGUGCGGGAAAGCCUUUGUGCACAGCUCGCACUUCACGCAGCACCUGCGGUUCCACAACGGGGAGAAGCCUUUUGCCUGUGCCGAGUGCGGCCAGGCUUUCAGCCAGAGCUCCAACCUCAUUCAGCACCAGAGGGUCCACACCGGGGAGAAGCCCUACGCGUGCCAGGAGUGCGGGCGCGCCUUCAGCCGCAGCUCCUUCCUCAGCGAGCACCGGCGCAUCCACACCGGGGAGAAGCCCUACGAGUGCGGCGAGUGCGGGCGCGCCUUCCGGGCCCUGUCGGGCUUCUUCCGGCACCGGCGGGUCCACACCGGGGAGAAGCCUUUCCGCUGCACCGAGUGCGGGCGCGCCUUCCCCUUGAGCUCGCACCUGAUCCAGCACCAGCGGCACCAGAGCAUUCACUCUGGGGAGAAGCCCUAUGAAUGCAGUGACUGCGGGAAAGCCUUCAUCCACAGUUCGCACGUCGUCAGGCACCAGCGAAUUCACAAUGGGGAGAAGCCUUACCUUUGUAAGGAGUGUGGGAAAGCCUUCAGCCAGAGCUUCAACCUUAUUAGACAUCAGAGAAUCCACACAGGGGAAAGGCCUUAUGAAUGUGGUGAGUGUGGCAAGUCCUUCAGUCAGAGGUCAGAUGCUGUUAAGCACCAGAGAAUCCACACUGGAGAGAGACUGUAUGAAUGUAGUGAAUGUGGGAAGACCUUCAUUCACAGUUCAAAUGUUGUUCGGCACCAGAGAAUUCACCACGGAGAGAACCCCUAUGAAUGUAAAGAAUGUGGGAAAGCCUUCAGCCAGAGCUCCAACCUCAUUCAGCACCAGAGGGUCCACACCGGGGAGAAGCCCUACGCGUGCCAGGAGUGCGGGCGCGCCUUCAGCCGCAGCUCCUUCCUCAGCGAGCACCGGCGCAUCCACACCGGGGAGAAGCCCUACGAGUGCGGCGAGUGCGGGCGCGCCUUCCGGGCCCUGUCGGGCUUCUUCCGGCACCAGAGGAUCCACACAGGCGAGAAGCCUUUCCGCUGCACUGAGUGCGGGCGCACCUUCCGCCUGAGCUUUCAUCUGAUCCAGCACCAGCGGGUGCACGGCCGAGAGUGAACCUGUGACGGGGUGGAUGUGGAGCAGAGAAAAUGUCAAUAAGACUGGAGGUGGCGGGUGCAACACCCGUGAUGUUUUUGCAUACACCCAGAGGUUUGUGCACUUUAUUCCGUGUGCAGUGGGGAAGACAGUAAAGCUGUCUUGGUGGCCUGAGGUCUCGCGUAGGCAGAAGCCUUCAGCGUGUCUGUCUGCUGCCACCUUGCCCAGGAGCAGUCGGAAGAGAAGGGGAGGCUUAGGGAAGGCAAGCUGUGCAGAUGGGAACAGAGGUUUUCCCAAAGGAAAGGAGGGGAUCUGAUGGUGACACGUGUCCACUGACAAGAAUUUAUUUCAUUUUCAUAGCACUUUUUUUCCUGAGGUGUAAUUUACAUAUGGUGAAAUGUAGAGAUCUUACGUGUUUGGUUCUGAGUUUUGACAAAUAUAACCUGUUUUGACCUUUAUAACCACCACACUAUCAAGCUAGAGACUAUUUCCAUCACCCCAGAAAGUUCCCUUAUGCCUCCUUCAAGUCAACUCCCUCAUCCUCAGAGGCAACCAGUGAUCUCAUAUCUGUCACUAUAACUUUCCUUGUUCUAGAACCUUAUAUAAAUAGAAAAUUAUAUAUACUCUUUUAGGUCUGAUUUCUUUCCCUCUGCUAAUUAAUGUUUUUGAGAUUUAUCCAAGUAUCUGUGGUAUUUUUUGUAGUUCCAAAGCACUUUUUAAAAGGCAAGAAUCACUUUCUACCUUGUGUCAAAGCUAUAGGUUUAUGUCUGUGUCUCCAUCAACGUGUGAUCUCCCUGUAGCCAGAAUGAUUGUAGCACAGCCCUGGAUACACAGUAUGCUCCCCACAAUAGAAUAAGCAAACGAAAUAUGUUGGGGAAUGUUAUGGAAGACAGGCACAGAGGAGAGACCGGGCGGCUUGGCUGGAAGGAGGCAAUCACACCGAUCCGCUUAUUUUUACAGUAUUUCACAGUGUGUAGCAUGCACAACUCUGCUCAGCCUCAUGAAGGCAGUACAAGAAAAGGAAGUUUAAGAUACUUAUACUUUCAACAAAUGUUUCCUGAGCACUUACCUGUUCUAGGGGAAGCAAAUCCACCAUGAUGUCUGCCCUCAAGGACCUUCUGGGCUGAGGGUGAGACAGACAUAAAGCUGUCACUGGAACAAACGCCCCAUGAAAAGUCCAGUAACAGAAGCAUAUAUAGGGAAUGAGCAGCGCAGCAGAGCCAUAGACAGGAUGCCUGGGACAGGGGACGAGACCGGGAGGAGCUCCCAGGGGAGGUGACUCCUGAGCUGGAGUUUUAAGCAACACAUGGAGUGAAUGUGUACAAAGCAAAGGCACAGCAGAGGAACAUGAGAGAGUGUAAGAAACUGCUUACAGGACCUUGCAAUUUGUAGUUGGAGAGCCAAGACAGAAAGUGUAAUAAUAUAGAGCAAUGGUCUAUGUGAACUCUGUACUCAGGAUCUAAUAUUGCACAUCACAAUACGACACUGUUAUGGAUACGUUUACAGUCAGGCGCCGCAUAAUGACAUUUCAGUCAACAACGGACCACACAUAUAACGGUGGUCCCACCAUUACAUGCCAU